AGGAGAGGGAUCGGAGGGAGAAGAGAGAGAGAGAGAGAGAGACAUGACAAAAAUAUCAAAAGGCAGGAGGCUCGCCGUACCAUGCGAGCGGAACUGGUGAGCGAUGGGAUCGAGGAUGUCGGAUUAAUGGUGACCACCGCAGCCCGUGUUCGCAGAGGAAGCUUCUCGAUUGCAACUUGGGAGCAGAGGGUCCGCGGGGAAACAUGGCCGAAGGAGGGCCGGGUAAAGGUGGCGGCGGCGGAGGAGAAGACCCCGCCAAGUCCGCCGACACCGAGGAGCAGGAGGACCGGACUCGACCCCAGGUCCUGUCGGGGACGGGCUUCUGCAAGUGGUUCAACGUCCGGAUGGGCUUUGGAUUUAUCUCAAUGACCAGCAGCGAGGGGAGCCCCGUAGACCCCCCUCUGGAUGUGUUCGUCCACCAAAGCAAACUGGUGAUGGAUGGCUUCCGCAGCUUAAAGGAGGGCGAGCAGGUGGAGUUCACCUAUAAGAAGUCCUCCAAGGGCCUGGAGUCCCUGCGGGUGACGGGACCCGGCGGGGGACCCUGCUCGGGCAGCGAGAGGAGACCGAAGGGGAAGGUCCCACUCCAGAAACGCAAACCAAAGGGAGACCGCUGUUACAACUGUGGAGGUCUGGACCACCAUGCCAAGGAGUGUGGCCUGCCCCCCCAGCCAAAGAAAUGCCACUACUGCCAGAGCAUCACGCACAUGGUGGCCCAGUGUCCCCACAAGGCGCUGGCGCCCCCCACCGGCUCUCAGGACCAACACGCGUCUACCUCGGACCCCGGCCCAGGGGCCGGGCCCUACCUCUGCCCCCAGGAGGAGGAGGAGCGCUCCGGCUCGUCUCCCCUGGAGGGCUCCUCCUCCUCCCCCGAGGAGCCCCACACACACCGGGGCCCCCGCACCCAGAGGUGGAGGAAAUCCUGAAAACAAGGGAAGCCUUUCGCCGCUAACGCCCUGACGCUCAUGUCUCAAUCAAGGAUACCUGAAGCCCCCACCCCCACCCCCACCCCCCCUUCAUCUACCUCGCACCUGUGGAAAAAAAAAUGGGAGGUCUUAAUUUCUUUACUUUUAUUUUAUUCGUUUAUUUUGUUUUUAAUUUUUCUAACCGGCGCAGCUAUGGCAACGAUCAACGGGGUACGGACGUGCGUGAAUGUGUGUGACUGACUGACUUGCUGGCAUCUGGUGCAGCCAUGGCAACCACCGCUGGAAUGGUGACUGAAGGGAAUGACUGUUUUUUGUCUCUCGUUUCAAUCAGUGGCCGCUGAACAGUGAAACAACGUGGUGUGAAACUCUGUUUGGUGAUUUGAUCUCUCCUUUUUUCUUUUUCUUCUUCCUCUCCCCUCCCCCUCUGGACCGAAGUGUCGCGAACGCCUUUUCCUCGCAGAUGCGGCCGAUUUCUUUUUUCAAAAGCCGCAAAUGAAUAUCCCGCAGGCCUUAAACCGUUCGGCCAGAUAUCGUGAUGCAUCCUUUGGGCGACACGGUAGCUUCGUUUUAAGGGGGAUUAGAGGAAGACUCUUAAAAGCCCGAGACCCUCUGAGCGAUAAUCCAGCCCCAUAGGAUUGUUAGCUUGGCUUAUGAACAUCUCCGGGCAAACUUUAUGGAUUCCAGAGGGAAUUCGAUUAUGUUUUUCCUUUAAACACGGUGGGCUGCUGCUCUUGAAAACACUCACUAACAUACGUACCUCUCUCUCAUGUGAAACAGACGGGACCAACUGAUUGUCAAAGAGCGAGCGUGUGUGUGUGUGGUGCACGAGAAAGUGUGUGUGUGUGUGUGUGUGUGUGUGUGUUGUCGGACUGGCGCUAUUAACCUCUCAGCUUCCUCCUAUGAUAGAUUAGAUACAAAAAAACCCCCACAUCAUACAACUACGAUAGAUCAUAGCUUUUGAUUCGAGGUAACGACUUUGAAUGCUUAGAUUGUUGUAAAAUUAGUUUGAAAUAACUUUUUACAGUUUAUAAAUCAUAGUAUAAGUCAUUAAUAUAUAUAUGUGUGUAAAAGCCACAAGAUAAAAAUUGAAAUUCUCUUAACUUAAAGUAAUGCAUAUAUAUAUAUAUAUAUAUAUAUAUAUAUAUAUAUAUAUAUAUAUAUAUAUAUAUAUAUAUAUAUAUAUAUAAGGAAUUAGCUCUGACGUAGGUGAAAGGCCGUGCGUGUUGCACGGGACGCUUUGGUUGCCCUGUGAAAAACCUGCAUCUCUCUCUCUCUCUCUCUCUCUCUCUUUAUUUAACAAUUUUCAUCCAACUUUGUUCUUUAUUCUUUCAAAAAAAGUCAACGCCACGCCUGCUUGUUGACAGGUUCCCCUCGGACACAGCACAAACGGCCUCGGCGAGUGUCAUCACAGCUGCUCUAACUUAACGUGAAAUACCUCACCACUGCCUCCUCUUGGAAAAUGAAUGUCGCCGAACAAGAUCCGACCCCCCGCUCCUCUUCCAUCUGUGCCUAACGUUUAUUGGUCGGCACGAGCCAGGACGACGCCCUCCCUCCUCUUCGGAGAGCGAGCCGACCGCCGCCGCCUCAGACUUUACUGGAGAGAGAUAAGAGAUAGAGAGAGGGAGGGACAGAGAGAGAGAGAGAGAGAGAGAGAGAGAGAGAGAGAGAGAGAGAGAGAGAGAGAGAGAGAGAGAGAGAGAGAGAGAGAGAGAGAGAGAGAGAUGGUGUGCUGCUGUUGGUACAACUUGAAUCCCAAGUGGGGCUGCACGGUGGUGUAGUGGUCAGCACUGUCGACUCACAGCAAGAAGGUUCUGGGUUCCAGUCCCGGUUCAAACCAACCAGGGCCUUUCUGUGUGGAGUUUGCAUGUUCUCCCCGUGUAUG